AUGGUCCGCGUUGGAAGUGUCAAUAUAUUAGGGCAGCAUGCUCUGUUUGAUUCAGAAUAUAUGUCAGCUUUGAAACACAAAAUUGUUGGAGACCAAGCAUGUAAACUACAGAUAUUUCUUAAUCAUCGGGAGUUGAUUGAUCGGCUAAUAAAUGUUGAUAGUGGAGAUGUUAAUUUAAAGGUUAGGAGUUUAGACCUUUUACUUAGUCUAAUGAACUUGGAAGUGCAUAUUAGAAAUGAGCUAGAUUACAUUUACGCGUAUACUGCUACAAAAAUACUUGAGUCGGCCAAGUUGGAUGGUACAGUUCCUAUUGAGGUAUGCCACAAGACAGUUGAACUAUUGAAUUUAUGUCUGAAUAACUGCGGAUUUAAUUAUAAGAAUUCAGAUGUUGAUAUGAAAAGUGUUAUUCCUAAAUAUUUCCCAAAGCUUUUGGUGUAUUAUAUAUCCCAUGACAGGGCCGGGUUAUCGGAGCAACAUAAUUUAAUUACAGUGCGUACGAUCAUUGAAUUGAUGACGUUAAUGUUCAAAGGCAAAGAUAUUAUAGAGCCAUCUGAAGCCGUGUUACGUUCUUUGGAUUCGCUCAUUUUGUCUAUUGUUGAAAGGUAUAUAUACCAGUUGGAAUUCAAGUAUGUUAUAAAGAUGAACUUUUCCCCCAGGGCGCAGAAAGAAAGAUAUAGACCGUUGAUAAACAAAGGUAUUCAAAAGGGUCAGCCACUACCUUUUACGAGUGUACCGCAAGCGGUUCAAAUAUGCAAUCCCAUGGACGAGACUUUAUUCUGGCUGUCUGUGAUAUUGUAUAUCGAGACUUUUAAGAAAAAUCCUAUCAAGAAUAGUUUAUGGUUGAAUCAGACGUUUACUUUAUUCAUCUCCAGCCUCCUAAAAUCCCAGAACACGAACUUGAGGGCAUGUGCGGUGCAGUUUCUAGUUACACCCUACUUUUUUAAUCCCAAGAAAACGUUGCCAAUGCAGCCACACCAGCUAUGGUUGCCAUAUCUAGUAUAUUUGGUUAAUUACGACGAUCUUCCUUGGUGGAUUGACCCGCUAGAGACACUCACCGAAUUAGUGACUUUUUACAACACUCAAAAUCCACUGAAUAAUGAGAUCAUAGAGUUUUUGUAUCGCACGAACUUAUUACAUGGAUUGAUUACAAUUUUUGUGAAGUGUUUGUCUUUGGAUUAUCAGACAUCCGCUUCUUUAUCCACUAUUACCUCCUGCCUUAAGCUCUUUGCCCAGGUUACUCGAAAUGAUGAAAAGUGUCGCCUAUUGUUACUGGAAGAUAAUCAAUUGAUGCAGCAUGUAGAACACGCCUUGCAAACACACUUAGAUUUGCUAAACAUGUUCUUACUAAAUGCAGAUAAGAUCCAAAAGUCGUUAGAGCCAGAAGAUGUAAUGCCACCAUUUUACACUAGUAAGAUGACACUACAAUGGGUGAGUUUGUUAAGAUCAUUUUCUAGGAGUGUCAAUUCCCUACGGACAAGGUUGCGAAGGACCACAUUGGGAGAGCAGUUCCUGCAAUUAGCUGAAACAAUAUACCUUUUGUUGAAACGCGCUGAAUUUGCGAGUGAUGAACUUCUAGUUGCUGAAAUGGAAAUAUUGUCGAUGGUGUUCGCAGUAAUUUCCAAUUUUGCCAUGGAAUUUUCAAAUCUGCAAGUGUACAUGGUGAAACACGGUGUGUUGCAAAUGGCUCACGACAUCUUAGUGGACCCUAUUUUUAACGACCAAAUAGAGUGUGCUCCAGAGUAUGCUCGGUAUAAACUGAGGUUUCCAUCAGAAAACGUUAGUGCCGUCAAGAUCAACGUUUUGUGGAUGUUAAAGCAUUUGAUUUACAACUCGAACACUCAAGACAAGUUGGGUUUAUUAAAGGUCAUUCCUAUGGAUACAAUCCUAGAAUAUAUAAAUGACAAAAAUUGGGCUGUCCAAGAACAAUGUUUCCAAUUAAUUAGGAACCUAACAUGCAAUUCAAGGAAGGUGAUAAACAUCUUAUUGUACCAUUUCAGAGACAAAGAACCGCCUGCCUCAGAGGGUGAAAUGCGUUACAGCAUGAGGUCAACGUACCUUUUCGAAUUUUUGAGCCACAAACUACGGUCGCUUGAUCCUAGGAACCCCCACCAAAUGGGCACACUUGUAUCCGUAAUCCACAUUGUUGUGAACUUUACUGUCAUUAACGAAAGCAAAAGACAUAUGAUCAUAGACCAGGAAGAAAUUUUGGAAAUUGUUAAAACAAUUCUAUCUGAAUCAAACUCUAAUAAUGAAAGAUUCUGCAAUAACGAAGAUGCCAAAUUAGGUUGUAUAUGGAUGCUAACUAACCUCAUCUGGAACUCCUCCUUUAGCAACUACACUCAUACUGCUCCGUUCGACUAUACCCCGACAGCACCUACUAGCGAUUCCUCCAUAAGACCAACUGAAGAACUUCGUUCCGCCCAGUUUGAAACCGGUGGCUCCACUGCCUAUUCCGAUGAUUCAGAUCGUGAAUUCGAAGAUGACUGCAUGGAAAUGGACGAAACUGGUGAUUUUGUCCGUUUAUCAAUGAGUUCUCCUACCGGCAGAAACCCUGCUUUGGUUCGAUAUCGUAAACUAGAAAAGAUGGGGUUCUACGAGCUUGUUCAUGAAAGAACAUUUGACGAGUAUCUGAACGUACGAGAGAGAGCUAGGACAUUACUAUUCCAUAUGGACAUGCUACGCAAAGGUGGUUCCACAUGA